GAACGUCAGCGCACCGCGGGAGAGGAGCCGUUUCGAACGGUUGCACACGGCGCAUAAAGAGCCUUCCGCCGCGGAGCACGAGCGCGCCCGGGCAGACACCCGCCUCGGGUCUCCGUCGGUUGCUACUGCUAGCGCGAGCAGGCGGACGUGCGCGCGUGCGCUGCGAACACGUACACACACAUACAGGCAUAACGUACACGCGCGCGGAGGAGGGGGGGGGGGCGCGAGACGCAGGGGGAUGGGGCUGGUCACGAAUGCGCUUCUUUUAACUUCCCCGUGACAAUUACAACGAGGCAAAGCUUAGCCAAAUAUGCUAACGCGACCAUUAAACGAACGGUGAGUCCAGCUAGAUGUCUGAGAGGCGAAGAUAUGAGUGGAGCACACAAGGAGGGAGCCGGUCCCCGUGGUGCUCAGCAGAGGAUCCAUGUAUAAGAGGCAGCCUUGCAGACCGGUGCUCAGAUCCAGGAUCAGCCCAGCCUUCACAGAGCUGGAGACUCUCUCCCCGCCACGUCUCUCGCCUCCGCUUCAUGCCCCCCUCAGUGACAUGUACCCCGAAGACAGCCGGGGGACUGGAGGGGUAGCCUCUGUGGACUUCCUGGAAGGGACGUACGACUAUGCCACCCCCACCCCUGCUCCCACUCCUCUCUACAGCCACUCCACUGCAGGCUACUACUCGGCUCCUCUGGACACCCACGGACCGCCGUCUGACAGCAGUCUGCAGUCCUUAGGCAGCGGGUCCACCAGCCCCCUGGUGUUCGUGCCCCCCAGCACUCGACUCAGCCCCUUUAUGCACCCGCCCAGUCAACACUACCUAGAGUCCACCUCCGCAUCCAUCUACAGGUCCACUCAGCAGCCGGCGUCCAGAGACGACCAGUGCGGCACCAGCGAGGAGUCCUACACUCUGGAGGCCGGCGGGGCCGCAGCAGGAGCUGCCGGCUUUGAGAUGGCCAAGGAGACGCGCUUCUGCGCCGUGUGCAGCGACUACGCCUCCGGGUACCACUACGGGGUGUGGUCCUGUGAGGGCUGCAAGGCUUUCUUCAAGAGGAGCAUCCAGGGUCACAAUGACUAUAUGUGCCCAGCGACCAAUCAGUGUACUAUAGACAGGAAUCGGAGGAAGAGCUGCCAGGCCUGUCGCCUCAGAAAGUGUUACGAAGUGGGCAUGAUGAAAGGAGGUGUGCGUAAGGACCGCGGCCGUGUCCUACGCCAUGGAAAACGAAGGAGCGGCACUAGCGACAGAGUCAAAGCCACUAAGGUCCUGGAGCACAGAGCAGCGCCUCCACAAGACGGGAGGAAACACCGCAGCAGUGCUGGGGGGGAGGAAGGAAGGUCACCAGACACUGCCAUGCCUCCGGAUCAGCUGUGUCGUCAGGUCCUCCUCCUGCUGCAGGGAGCCGAGCCCCCGAUACUGAGCUCCCGUCAGAAGCUGAACCGCCCCUACACUGAGGUGACCAUCAUGGGCCUGCUGACCAACAUGGCCGACAAGGAGCUGGUCCACAUGAUAGCCUGGGCCAAGAAGCUUCCAGGGUUUCUGCAGCUGUCACUUCAUGACCAAGUGCAGCUGCUGGAGAGCUCCUGGCUGGAGGUGCUGAUGAUCGGGCUCAUCUGGAGAUCCAUCCACUGCCCCGGCAAGCUCAUCUUUGCACAGGACCUCAUACUCGACAGGAGCGAAGGCGACUGCGUGGAGGGCUUCGCGGAGAUCUUCGACAUGCUGCUGGCCACCACGUCCCGCUUCCGUGUGCUCAAGCUCAAACCCGAGGAGUUUGUUUGCCUUAAAGCCAUCGUCCUGCUGAACUCCGGAGCUUUCUCGUUCUGCACCGGGACCAUGGAGCCGCUCCACGACAGUGUGGCGGUGCAGAACAUGUUGGACACCAUCACCGAUGCGCUCGUGCACCACAUCAGCCAAUCGGGAUGCUCGGUUCAGCAGCAGUUGAGACGACAGGCCCAGCUGCUGCUGCUAUUGUCCCACAUCAGGCACAUGAGUAACAAAGGCAUGGAGCACCUCUACAGCAUGAAGUGCAAGAACCGGGUGCCUCUGUACGACCUGCUGCUGGAGAUGCUGGACGCCCACCACCUCCACCGCCCCAUCAGGUCCACUCAGCCCUGGUCCCAGGCUGACAGAGAGCCCCCCGCCGCCACCAGCGGCAGCGGCGCCUCCUCCGCCGGCUCCAGCUCGGCACCCAGAGGCAGCCACGAGGGCCCGAGCAGAGCGCCCACAGGCCCCGGCGUCCUGCAGUACGGCCGCCCGCUCUCCGACUGCACCCACAUCCUAUGAGAGCGCGCGGGAGCCCGAUAUACAUAGCAGUAUUUGAAUUCACUUCACGAUUAUUUAUAAAUGACAUGAUUAUUUCUGUUCAUUUCGUAGCUGAUGGGGGAGAAAUUAAUUAAUUUGCACGGCUCCGGUUCAUGUCAGUCUGAGCUUCACUGCAGUCGAGCUUUGCUGCUUUUAUAACACCUGUGAUUUUGGCUUAGUCUGAGUAGAACAGUACAGCUUCUGAUUUCCAACGGCAGGCAUUAGGACAAACUGUGGAACUCUCUUAGCUAUGAUUUGAAAUCACUAUAUGCUAAUUUUUCAUAUUCGCUUCAACCAAAGUGCACUUCCUGUUGAGUUUAAGGGGCUUUAUUUUUUACACAGUAUCACAAAUGGCUAAACGUGUCAGUAUUUUAUAUUUGAAAAUAUUAGACACCUAAAACAAUUUCAGCCUUGACGUAUACAUUUUUAAUAGCUAAGCUAUAAACCGAGGGGCGCUGGUCAGAUAAUGGAGGAAGCCGGGCUUGAUUGUUGGGCAACUUCAGCCUGCUACAGCUUUGUACAGUAGAGAUGUUCUCUUUGCUUAUUGCACUAAUUCCUUUUUUCAAUUUAUGUGAAAACGUUGUGUGUGUUUGACUGAGAGAGAGAGAGAAUCAAAGGCAUAGAGGACUCAGAUUUGUGUCUAGUUUUAGCAGAAGCUGUGAUUUCCUGGUAGAUUUGACUGGAUUUACGCCUCUCAAAUUCUACGCAUCAUAAUUCAGUGACGGCACAUAAAACGCAGGUUCAUAGCUUUUACAAUGUUUUACGUUGCAGGCUGGAAUCCAAAGUGUUUAAAUUACUAUUGUAAAGAGAAGCAUAAGGUUUUAGUGUUUGGACAGAAAAUCUCCCAGAGUCGACUGUAAAUCCAGUGAAACCAGUCUGCCUUUUGUCUACUGUCGAAAAAUAAAAGCAUCAGCUGGGGAA